AUGCUAAACCACUUCCUCCUCCUAUGCUUGACCGCGACGAUAAUACUCGUGGCAUCGGCGGAGAUGAACAUGGAAGCACAUCUCCUCCCACGGCAGACGACGCCGACGAUGGCGCCAAACUGGACCACCGACACAGCAUGUUCCUUCUCCAUCAUGGUGCGAGAAUACUGCUCCCGGUCCUCAAACACCUCCAACCCCAGCGCCUCGGUACUGAUCCCCACAAUCCGCGACAGCACAGGCUCGGAACUCCCCUUCCGCGUCCUCGAACGAGACUUCGAUCCCUACCUCGAGCCGCUAUCGCCGCUCGCCGCUUACAACCUGACGGGCGUGAUCGACGCAUACAGGAUCGGCCUGCUGUGGGACAGGGAGGUCGGGUUCCUGCACACGUCUUUCUACAUCGAGGGGGGGGGGAAACCGACGAUGUUGUUUAAGACGCGCUGGUGCGAGUGGAGUGAGGGUGCGGAGGCACCGAAGGAUGGGGAGAAGGAGAAGCGGGGGUGUGGGUAUUGUGACAGGAUGACGGGUAAUGAUUGGGCGGGGGGCAAUGAGCUUGGGAAUAGAAGUUGUAUGGAUGGGGGGACGGGGAGGACGAGGGUUAUGAAUUGUUAUUUCAAUUGUAAGAGGUGA